UUUAGGAUUAAUAAGAUUCUCUCCCAGGCUAUUUAGCGAAUUAAACUUUGAUAAUUUGUUUUCAUCUUUAGAUCUAAGCAUUCAAUAUGAAACCUAAUGUUGCUGCUGAUGAAAUGUUUCCCGAAGGCGUUGGUCCUUACAUGGAUUUAGAAGAAGCUGGGGGACCCUCUAAUCUCUUGUUAGACUUAGCUGCAAACGAGAAAGCUGUACAUGGAGACUUUUUCAAUGAUUUUGAAGAUUUAUUUGAUGACGAUGAUUUAAAAUAAGACCAGUUCUAUGAAAUUAUUUGUGAAUAUUGUAAAGUAUUAAUAAGUGUGAGUAUAUAAGCGGUGGUUUUAGGUACAAUAAAAGCUUUUCUUUUC